UGCUAAUACAAUAUUUCCGCCUUUUAACUUUUCCUCGUCCCCUCGCCUUACGAAGAAACAAGUUUUUCCUACAGUUACCAUAAAUGUCGUAUUAAUUGUUACAAACAUGAAAUUUGUCGUAAACAAUAGUUAUGUUUGACAUGCCUGCUCUAUGCUGGCUCAAUUCGAAAGCUAACAAUAUCCCCUCAACACGUGUGAAAUAAAUGUUUCUCUGAGCUUAAAUCAGUGUCAGUUCAUUAAAUGUGUCUUGUAAAAUGAUGUGUCUUCAGAUGUUGACCAUGGAAGUGCAGUUGGAUGUGAUCUGCUGUAAAUCAGUAGGAACGGAUCUGUCCAUGCUGGAUAUUGAGAAUUUUAUCACUGAAAUCUGUCGGCUGAAGAAGAAGGUGGCAUCACUGGAGGCGAAGCUGAGAGAGAGAGGAGACAAACUGGACAAAGAGGAUCUGCGGAAGGUUUCAGUGUGUGUGACUGAUAGGACAGAAGCUCAAGAUUCUGUUUUGAGAUCCAGAGACACACAGAACCCAGAGCUCAGCCUCAAGUUACUCUGUUAUGCUGACGCCCAGGAUGAUGGAUCUGCUGAUGAAACCUCUUACUGUAAUGCUGGAGAACAGCAGAUGCAGCAGACACAGCAGAAUAUGUGCUCCGUCAAACUGGUGGACUGCAGGAACCUGAUAGAGAGCAGAGGAGAAAAAAACACAGCAGAGGAACAACAACAGCAGCAGCACCAUGAGGAUGAUGAUGGCUGGAUUGAUGAUGAUGAGAAUGAUGGGACCGAAGCUAAGGAUUCAGUCUGGAGACCCAGAGACAAACAAGACACAGAGCUCAGUCACACGUUACUCUGUUAUAGUGACGCUCAGGUUCAUAAAUCUUCUGAUGAAACCUCUGACUGUAACGCUGGAGAACAGCAGAUGCCACUGAAGAUGUGCUCUGUCAAACUAGUGGACUACAGGAACCUGAUAGAGGGUAGAGGAGAAAAAAACAUAGCAGAGGAACAACAACACCAUCAUGAGGAUGAUGAUGACUGGAUUGAUGAUGAUGAGAAUGAUGGGACAGAAGCUCAGGAUUCAGUCUGGAGAUCCAGAGACACACAGGACUCAGACAGUGACACGUCACUCUGUUAUACUGAUGCUCGGAAUGAUAGAUCUGCUGAUGAAACCUCUGACUUUAACGCUGGAGAACAGCAGAUGCAGCAGACACAGCUGAAGAUGUGCUCCGUCAGACUGGUAGACUGCAAGAACCUAAUAGAGAGCAGAGAAGAAAAACAGAGCCAUGAGAAUGAUAACGAUGAUGAUGAUGGCGAUUACAAUAUUGAUUACGAUGACGUUGAUGAUGAUCAGAAUGAUGAUGAUGAGGUCUUUUUUCCUUCAGAUGACAACAUUAGUUUGUCUUCUGAUGAAGAAAUUGCCUCUACAUCCAAAGAGCAACACGCAGUGACCAGCAGUAAAAAAAAAAUCAGCAAACAGGAGCAUUUAACCAGACAUAAGAGAAAACACACAGAACAGAAAGACUUGUCCUGCACGAUAUGUGACAUUAGCUUUCAUACCUUAGAUGAGAGUAGACUUCAUUCAAAAGAGCACAACGUAAAGAAGAACUUUCACUGCGAACUAUGCGGGAAGGAUCUUUUCACUACUCCUUAUGCUAUGAGAGCUCAUAUAAAUACACACAGUGAAAAGUUUUUACAAUGCGACGAGUGUAAAAAGUAUUUCCGCACUAAAAAGCAUCUUUUGAUGCAUAAGAAAAUCCACACGGGGGAAAAGCGAUACAAGUGCCCUCACUGUGAGAAGAGGUUCAACCAGGGAUCCUAUCUGAAGAAACAUCUUCUCAUACAUACCGAUAAGAGUACGUAUCAGUGCGGUGAAUGUGGGAAAAGCUAUAAAAGCUCAGCUUGUCUGAUGUUACAUAAAAAUAUACACACGGAGGACAAACGGUAUCAAUGUUCAUACUGUGAGAAACGCUUCUAUCAUUUGACUCACCGGAAAAUCCAUGAGAGGAUUCACACUGGAGAGAAACCGCACUUGUGCUUCUACUGCGGGAAGAGCUUUACUACUCCAUUUUCUCUCAAAGUUCAUCUGAGAGUUCACACAGGAGAAAGACCGUAUCCCUGUACUGAUUGUGGCAAGAGAUUUUAUAAGUCAAGUGACUUAAAACUACACCAUAGGAUUCAUACAGGAGAAAAACCUUAUAAAUGCUCACAUUGUGACAAGACUUUUGCUCGAGCAAGUGCCAUGAGGAUCCACAGGCGAAAGCAUACAGGAGAGAAACCUUACAGCUGCCCCAUCUGUGGAGAGAGCUUUUCUUUUAAAUGGGGGCUUCAGACUCACCAGAAAAAACAUGCGGCCACAGAAUCACCAUAGCUUUAAUGUCUUUAUUUUAAAGGUUGUGUUACACCUUGCAGUGUUAUGAUAACUUUAUUUUAUGGUUGUAAAAACAUUUAAACUAGAAAUGUAUCUAGAAACUGGUGUUUUCGAGAAGAUACUGAUAUUUUCAAAGGCAAAUAUAUCCCUGAUAUCAAUACCUAAACCUAAACUGACCUUUUAAAUGAUUACUAAAAUGGCUAUUGAUAUCUAUUUUUAUCCAUAUUAUAUAUGAAAGACAUUUUAACAUUCAUGUCUUUGUUUUAAUAGAUUAGAUUUUUUCCACACAGUUAAAAAUGUUGCUGUAAAAAAAUAUGUUGCUGUAAGAGUAACCAUGGAAAACUAAAAAUAUUAUAGAUAACCGUGUUUUAUAGUUCUCAGACACUGACUGGCUGUUGCUGCCAUAAAAUGCCACCUUUUUAUUUUGACAGUGUAUGAUUUAACAUUAGUUAUAUUAUAGAGCUUUUUUGAACCUUUAACAUUUAAUUUAAAUACAUGCACAAACCACAAAGGCAACAAAAAUGUAUUGUAAAAUUACUCUACCAUUUGUGUUUCUGUACUCUGCUAUUGUUCUGGGCCGCAUUUCACAAAAGCAAAAGUGGUUUCUUAAAAUGCGUUUGAGAGAAAGUUCUUCACUAGAAACUUCGUGGAAAUGUUUUGGAGCUGAACUCUACACGACAUUGACUCUCAAGAACUGGACCCCCUGCUUUAGAUCAUUUACCGUGCGUUUAAAUGAAUUCUCUGGAUUAGGGCUGUCAAUCCAUCAAUCACCAUAAAUCGCAUGCAGAAUAAAAGUUUGUUUUGACACAAAUGUCUGCGUACUGUGCAUAUUAAUUUUGUCUUUAUAAACACAUGCAUGUAUACACAUUUAGGAAAUAUUUACAUGUACAGACAUGCUUAUAUU